AUGGUGUUUUGUACGGCAUUUGGCUGCAAAAAUAAGUCGGAUCCUACGAAGAAUGUUAGCUUCCAUAAGCUACCCUUGAACCAACCUGUUCUAUUGAAGAAGUGGUUAGUGAACAUGAGACGGGAUAACCCCGUUGUAUCUAAGCAUGUUGCCGUGUGCUCCGAUCAUUUUAAGCCUAGCUGUUUUAAAAGAGAUUUAAUAGGGGAACUAACUGGUAAAGCUUCUAGGCGAAGACAGUUGGUUGACGAUGCUGUGCCUACAUUGUUUUCGUUUAACACAACCAUGACUAGAUCUUCUUGUAGCAAUGAGGAAAGCGUAAUGAUUCGUAAAAGGAAGAGGAGAGUUUCGUCUGAAAAUCGUAUUGCUAGAAAGCAACACGAAGAGCUGUUAACUUCAAUGCUAAAAGGAACUGAGAACAAAGAUAACACUAACAGUGAUGCAGAACCAACAUCUUCAAUGGUAGAUGUUCAACCUUUGCCCGAUCCAAUGCCUGAAUCUGAACUUGAACUGAUGUCAGAGUCUAAUAAUUUUGCUAGCAUUGCAGUCCAAACAGAUGGUAUAUUCUGCACCUGUCAGUCUUGUCCUGGCCCAGUGAAAGUUGCAACACCACAGGUUGUGUUGCAUGACCAUAGAUAUGGUCAAAACCAG